AUGGUUGGGACAUCAGCAAACCACGGCGGGGAACCAACCAUCCUGCUUUCAAACCUGAAUAUCCGGGCGUACAUCGACGAAACGCCAUUAUCCUACGGUGUGCGGUACGCCUCUCCCCGCCUAAUCAAUGAGUUUCUCCGUCGAGGCUGGUCAUUCUGAAAUUGUCAGAGUCUUGAGAAACCAGAAGAGUAAUGAGAAGUUGUAGGAAUAAGGCGAUGUGCGGCGGGCAUUGUCGCAAAAGUGAAGCAAAACAG